AUGGAUCAUACUCAUCAUGGUGAACAUAGUCCAACAAAGACGACCUCCGCUUCACAUUCAAUGUCGAUGACGAUAAAUUGGAAUUAUGAAACUGUCAUUGUGUUUGACUUUUUCCGGACUUCAACACCAUCAGGACUCUUUAUUGCUUGUCUUUGCGUGUCUGGAUUCUGUUACGGGUUCGAAGCAUUCAGACACCAUCGAAGCAACUACGAUCGAGUUCUAGUCGAAAUGAUUCAAAAGGAGCGAAACAGUUUAAUGGGUGGUAUUGAUAUGGAAGAUGAUCUCAAGUCAAGACCAGCAAAGAAAAGCGAACAAUACUAUCAGCUCAUUCGAGCAGGAUUACAUGGUAUAGAAGUCACUGUUGGAUUCUUGAUAAUGUUAAUCACGAUGAGCAUGAAUGCGUUUCUCUUCCUCUCGAUUGUAGCUGGCUCGUCAGCUGGCUUUUAUGUAUAUCAGAAAGUCUUGUAA